AUGCGUCCCCAUUCCGGCUACGCGCCGGCAGGCAGCCCUGCCGGAAGCUUGCCGACUAGCGGUUUCUUUGCGGGUCCCUUGGGGUCGGGAGGUCUCGGCUCGGGAAACCUCCCCAUGGCGUUGAGUCACCCAAGCGGAGCGUUGGGCGGCGCUCCAAACAGCUCUCGAGGGUUGCCUCCGCGGACAAAUGCCAGACGCAGCAGCUGUAGCACCGCCUGCGCGGUUCUCGGCUUGGGCAGGGUCACAGGUGUGUAUCUGUUCUCCUGCCUCGCCUGCAUCGGCGUGGCCAUCGCCUUCAAUACAGCCGGACCCUCAGCGUACGAGUACUACGUCAGUUGCCACGGAAAAGCAACGGUAUCACAUGGAUUCUUUUUGAUUCUCGUUGGGGCUCAACUGUUUUUCAUCGUUUUAAAAUGGUCGAAGCCCCAGCGGUCUUCGUCUUGGCGCUGGAUGGGGGCUGCGCCGGGAACUUCGCGUUCCCCUGACCCCUCCGGUUUGUCCCUGGCUCCUGCUGUUCCCCGUGAGACUCGGAAGGUCUGGCCCUCUUCUGGAAGGAAAAAUCGCUUGGGAGAGGAGGGGGAGAUUCACAAGGGAGUUGACCCUUCAGCUGUGGUGGUCUCCGCCGUGCGAGGCUCACGCGUACGUACACCUGGCGCAUGCGCACUGCCUCCAGCAACUGAAGACACCGGUGACCCGUCUGGUCCUGCACUCGGGCUGAAUGGAAGUUUCCACCUCGCAGACGUGCGCCACGGAGACGACCUCUGUCGAACUGCUCCGAAUGGACCGAGAGGAGUUUCCGGAAAGGGGCAAGAAGCAGGGGAUCUCGUUGCCUCGAUCAGCAUGGCCGCCGUGGUGAACGGCCCAGGAGCGGCCAAACGCACGGGAGUGAGCUCUGCAGAAGUCGCCUCAGGAUUGUUCAUGGAAGAGGUGUCCGACGAAGAUCUUUGCGACGACGAUGGUCCACAGGGAUAUGCUGCAGGACGUGGCGAUUUGGAAAGCGGAAGGAACGGCCAGGUCUUUUAUCCCGGUGGCCCGGGGGCGAGUGUUCUGGUCCCCUCGUGGCGGCCAACAGGCAUCUGCUGGAACUCGACGUGGGUGACCAUGGAGUACCUCAUUUAUGGCCUCGGCUUCUACUCCGCCGUUCUGGGCUGGCGAGUCUACGGAGGCGCCACCACGAGCAACUUCAUCACGCUGCGGACCUGCGAGCACAUGAACGUCCUCUCCUUCGGUGCCGAUUUACCUCUCGUUGACAGCAUCGUCUCGGACUUCGCUUUCCUCGAAACGUACCUGGCGCUCGCGACCACCAUGCUCAUCGUUCGAAAGUACCGCGAUCCGUACUGGCUGAGCUCGUACUGCGGACUUGGCCUCUUGAGGAAAUGCUCCAAAGCGCUCAAGACCGUCUUUAUUUUCCAGGCGCUUCUUCAGGUGGCAAUUCUCGCCACGGCCGCCGGGAAAAUCGCCCUUUGCUGGAUGACAGGCUAUGGCACGCCGAUGCAGAUCCUCUCGGCGUUCAUGCUCGUGAGCGUCGUCAUGUGGGCUGUCACCGUCCUGGGCCACGUCCUUCAGACCGAGCGGAUGAAUCCGCCUCUCGUCCCCACGCUCGAGUACCACUGGCUGUGGGCCAUGAUUUGCAUGGCCAUCAUCUGGUUUUGCGGCUUCCUCUUCUACCUCUCCGUGUACGGCGUACGCUGCUGGCCCUUCCUCGCCCUUCACGCUGCGGGCUGGAUUGCCUACGUCCUGGUAACUGCGUGGAACUUCAACGCAAUCUUCCCCAACUGGAUUUCUGGCGCAGAAGAAACAGAUGCAUCCUUCGAUACCGCAGAGCACCGACGUGUCUUGAGAGCGCGACACCGAGGAGAGAGGAGCGUGCGAGCCUUUGGGGAAGAGCUAGGAACCGGGACGUCUCCGUUCAUGCGAUCGAGCUAUCAGUGA